UGCCCUUUUAUUCUACACAACCAAAAUGCGCUACCAGGUGCCAGAAACUAAAAGAAAAAAAAUUCUUCAAUCGUUAUUGAUUUGAAGCCGAAAAGUUCAGAAUUUUCUCCAAUCCUAGACUCCGAUUGCUCUGCUUUCCCAGGUUCAUCACUACAAAGGAUUCUACCGUGUAAUGAUUUUGCAUUGGUAGACAGUUGCAUUACCUUCUAAAAUGAACCCAUAUGGUGAAGGUCAGGACGAAGCAACUGUAGCGGGAUUUGAAGUUCCAAGAUCACCCGAUUCGAGUUACAGCAACGUGUUCCCCGGGAAUGGAGAUGAGACACGGGACCCACCUAUGGUCCCCCCUCAACUUCAACACACCUUGCUAAGCUAUCCAACAAGCAGAGAUGCUCCAGCAUCGCUUCCAUUGCCGCAAAAUGUGAUUCUCAACCACCUUUACAUUGAAAACAGGGAACCCUCCCGACCUGUUGUGGCUCUUGGGAUCACUCAUCGCUUCCGUUCAAAAUUUGUUACUGUUGUGCUUUACAAACCUGUUCAAAGGAGGGGAACUACAGGUAAUUGAUGUGUGCAGAUCAUACAAACCAACAAGCCUGAAAUUGGGGGGGUUUGUUUGUUUGUUUGUCCUUCUUGUGAUUGAUGGCACUCUAUAAACCCCUUAUGGGAACUAGCAGUGAGCAUAUUUAUAUUGAUGGAGCAUUUUGCCAAACUUAGGUUGUUUCCUUGAAAAACUAUCCGGACUCCGAAUGGGUAACAGUAUGAUUCGUAGUUUUUGUUAUCUGUAUUCUCUCACAAUUCUUGAGAUUUUAUGCCGAACCCUUUUUUUCUCUC